AUGUCGCAGAAGGACGCCGAUUGUUCGUCGCAAAGAAUACGAACGCAUAUCAAGGUUCGACGCUGUAGUGUUUCCAGAGGUUGCCACAUGGAGUCGAGCGGCGACGGCUGCACGAAGCUUCUAGUACGUAGAGCCACAGACUUCUGCUGCGGUACAUCGUGCCGCGACAGGACGACAGCUCUUCUGUUUUUCAGUAGCUCUUUUUCGUCCACGGUUGGCUCCUCGGAGCACGUGCCGCUGACUCUCAAGUCCUCGACUCGUCGACCUCUCAGCCAGUCUUCUCUCCCGCCGUGCAGCAAGAUGAGUUCCGCAGCAGCAGUUGUGCGGCCGGUGCCAUCCCCUCUUCAUUCAGAGGCACAUCCAUCCACGACGACGGCAGCAGGCGUAGAUGAAAAUGCUCCGUUUUCCGUUCGUCACACACGAGACCUCUACGCACAGCUGAAAGCUCUGCAGAAGCGAGUUGAGUUUCUAAACAUCCAGGAAGAGUAUAUAAAAGAUGAACAAAAAAAUUUGAAAAGAGAGUAUUAUAGGGCUCGUGAAGAAUUGAAACGCAUACAAAGUGUUCCUCUAGUCAUCGGACAGUUCAUGGAGUUGAUAAGCGCCAACGAAGGCAUCGUGGCCAGCACUGCAGGCAGCAGCUACGUUGUACGCAUUCUCUCCACUCUCAACAGGCAAUUAUUGAAGACGGGUUGCAGUGUGGCACUCCACCGGCAUUCGCAUUCGCUUGUAGACGUCCUUCCCCCUGAAGCCGACUCAACCAUACAAACGCUGCAACUGCAAGAGAAACCCGACGUUACCUACGCAGAUAUCGGUGGUAUGGAUAUUCAGAAGCAGGAAAUACGAGAAGCCGUGGAGCUGCCUCUGACGUGCCCGGAGUUGUAUCAGCAGAUUGGUAUUGAUCCACCAACAGGCGUGCUGUUGUAUGGGCCCCCAGGCACUGGCAAAACAAUGCUUGCAAAAGCAGUUGCAAAUAAUACUACUGCAACAUUUAUUCGUGUUGUUGGAAGUGAAUUCGUACAAAAAUAUCUGGGUGAAGGGCCACGCAUGGUGCGAGAUGUCUUCAGACUUGCACGAGAAAACUCGCCGUCUAUCGUUUUCAUUGAUGAAGUUGAUGCCAUUGCGACCAAACGAUUUGACGCACAGACAGGAGCAGACAGAGAGGUCCAAAGAAUUCUACUGGAACUCCUCAAUCAAAUGGAUGGCUUCGAUCAGACAACUACAGUCAAGGUCAUAAUGGCAACGAACAGGGCUGAUACACUAGACCCAGCACUUCUGCGUCCAGGCCGCUUGGACAGGAAGAUUGAGUUCCCCUUACCCGAUCGCAGACAGCGACGACUAAUUUUUCAAACGAUCACUGCCAAAAUGAACCUAUCUGAUGAAGUGGAUUUAGAAGAUUAUGUUUCCCGACCGGAGAAAGUGUCAGCAGCAGACAUAGCUGCAAUAUGUCAGGAAGCGGGCAUGCAGGCUGUACGCAAGAACAGAUAUGUGGUUCUUUCCAAGGACUUCGAGAAGGGAUGGAAAGCGCAUGUCCGAAAGCAUGAUCGUGACUUCGAGUUCUACACGUUUUGA